AAAUAAAUAAUUAAAAUUGAUUAUCCAGUAACUAGUAGUCUCGGUUAAUCCCGUUAUCAUCUAGUUAUUCACCGACCGGAAAAUUCAAAGCUUUCUACGGCACUUGUUAAGCCCUAGAAUGAAACUAUUGUUUUAAAAUAAGUAGAAUUUGAGAAGAGAGAAAACACCAUACUCCAAGAGAAAUAUUCAAGAAUGCAGAUUAUCAGAGGAAAACUAUUGCAGAACACCUCCCUCCGCUUAUUCAAUCAAGUAGGAAAAGGCCGCUUAUAUUCUACGAAGAAGUUUCGGGAUAUUGGACAGCCAACUGCUGCUAGUCAUCCACAUUUGCUUAAAGAAGGAGAGAUUACACCUGGCAUUACAAGUGAAGAAUAUGUGUCGAGAAGAAAGAAAUUAUUAGAACUUCUUCCGGAGAAAAGUUUAGCUAUAAUUGCAGCUGCUCAAGUAAACAUGAUGAAUGAAGUUGUUCCUUAUAAUUUUAGACAAGAUGCAGAUUAUUUGUACAUUACUGGUUGCCAACAACCUGGUGGCAUAGCAGUUCUUGGCCAUGACUUUGGUUUGUGCAUGUUCAUGCCAGAACCAAGUCCUCAGGACGUUACGUGGCAAGGUGAAGUUGCUGGAGUUGAUGCAGCUUUAGACACAUUCAAGGCUGAAAAGGCGUAUCCCAUGAGCAAAUUAAACGAGAUCCUCAAGAAAAUGAUAGAAAAUUCUUCCACACUAUUCCACAACAAGUAUACAGCUAAACCAACUUAUACUAGCUUACAAGCCUUUCAAAAUGUAGCUUCCAUGGGUAAAGUAAUGGACCUCUCUACGUACACACAUGAAGCUCGAUGGGUAAAAUCACCAGCUGAAAUUAGAUUAAUGCGAGACUCUGCAUCCAUAGGUUGCCAGGCUCUAUUGCAGACAAUUAUAUAUUCGAAGGCAUUCCCUUAUGAAAGCAUGUUAUCAGCCAAGGUUGAAUAUGAAUGCAGAACUAGGGGUGCAGAAAGAAUGGCGUUCAAUCCUGUUGUCGGUGGGGGUCCUAAUGGUAGUGUAAUACAUUACUCUCGAAAUGACCAAAAAGUCAAAGAUGGUGGUCUUGUAUUGAUGGAUAUUGGAUGUGAGAGGCAUGGUUAUGUUAGUGAUCUAACUCGUACUUGGCCACCAUGCGGCAGCUUUGCUCCUGUACAUGCAGACCUUUAUGAUCUCAUUUUAGAGACAAAUAAGGAAUGUAUAAAGCUUUGCAGACCUGGCACAAGCCUCCGGGAGAUUCACAAUUUUUCGGUUGAAAAGCUCCGUAAAGGCUUUAAGAAAAGAGGGAUACUUAAAAGUGAUCGUUCUUACCAUCAGCUAAACCCAACAAGUAUAGGUCACUAUCUAGGAAUGGAUGUUCAUGAUUGCUCAGCAAUCACUUAUGACCGCACUCUGAAGCCAGGUGUUGUCGUAACAAUUGAACCUGGUGUUUAUAUUCCGUCAAAUUAUGACGGUCCAGAGAGGUAUGAAGGCAUUGGAAUUAGAAUUGAGGAUGAAGUCCUCAUUACUGAAACAGGCCAUGAGGUCCUGACUGGUUCUUUACCCAAAGAAAUUAACCAUUUGGAAUCCUUGCUAAAUGAAUAUGGCAGCGAAUUGAGGUCCGAGACUUCAAAAAUCAUGCAAGCAGCUUCCAGUUAAAACCCGAGCUCAAAGAUCAUGAUAGAAGAACACAACUGCAACACGAGACAAGUAUAUCAAGACCAGGGCACCCAAUGAACUCAGUUUAUUUACAUUAUCAUAUGUAGUCUAUUUAUAUCAAGGGUGAAUGUAUACUAAUGUUACAAUAGCUUAGGGUUCUGGCUAGUCGAUGCAUCAAUUUGUGAAACAUAAAAAUUAAUAUUGAACUCUGUUACUCGGUUAAAAGAAGAAUAUAAACUAUAGUAUCAAAAAAUAUUUAGAUAUUUUAUAUGAAAAUGUUGGAAUUGUUAGCUUUGUCGAAUUGUGGAACAGAGUUUGGAUUGUUCGUGUAAAUAUUUUUAUUCAUUUUUUUUGGAAAUUCUUAUCUUUGACCA